AUGACAAGAGACCACUGGUUUCAACCGAAGAAGGAUAACAUUAAAAUUCAAUCUGAUCUCCUCUUUGUGCAAACAGCUAGAGUAGAAGAACUGGAGCUGCAGAAGAAUGACUUGGACAAGCUGAAACAACAACAUCAAGCUAAGGCAGAAGAACUGGAGUUGCAGAAGAAUGACUUGGACAAGCUGAAACAACAACAUCAAGCACAGGCAGAAGAACUGAUCACUGUUAAAGCUAGAACAAACAUCACAGAAAACCAGGUAGAAGAUCUGAAGAGAGGUGGAGAAGUGAAACGAGUGGCCUUUUCAACAUCUUUGGUGACCUCUGGUGGGGGAGAUAUUGGACCUUUCAAUACUUACACUCCUCUGAUCUUCAAAAAUGUUGUUACAAAUAUUGGAAAUGCCUACAACAAAAAUACAGGACAUUUUACUGCACCUGUGAAAGGAAUCUACCAUUUUGAAUUCCACAUUUAUGGACAUGGACAUGCUUCACAUGGUUCAGGUGCUGUGUUGGUCAAGAAUGAAGAACGUAUUUUUAAUGCGUAUGAACAUCAGCCUUCCCAUGGUGCUAACUCUGCUAACAGUGUCACAUUGCUGCUAGAUGUUGGAGAUGUUGUGUUUUUGCUUCAGAGGACAAACACAAGAGUUUUUGAUGAUCACUAUCAUUACACCAGCUUCAGUGGUCACCUGCUUUUUACUACAUUGUGA